AUGCUGACUGAGAAAAAGGGUCUGCUAGAAGAACUUCUAGACAUGCAGAAACGAAUCGAUGAGCUUGCUCCGGCGUGUGCAGAGAAAGAGCUUCAUAUUGUGGCGGCCGAUAAUGAGAAACUCGAUCUAACGAAACGGCUCAGACAUGCGAAUACUGAUAUUUCACACCUUCAGUCAAGCGUAAUGCACCUUCAAGAAGAUGUUUCCAAGAAAGACAGCGAAAUAAGCGCUCUCUCCGCAGAAAUUGGAUAUUUGAAGGGAAGAAUAGUGCUGUUCGAAGCGGAUAUACGUGAUUUGAGACUCAAAGAUUCUGACAACCAGGUAAAAAGAGUCACGCGGGAGGUGUUACAUAUAAUUUAUAUUGACAGAAUAAGAACUUUCACACAACAAUCACGAGAAUUUGAGCUGACCAGAAUCAAUGACAAAAAGCUCAUUGAUAAGGUAACAGACUCUAUUAUAGUUGAAAUUAGCAGGAUAAUUUUUGUCAUGGAAGAAAACUCGGUGUUAAUCAAGGAAAAUGCAAAAAUAUCCACUGAACUGAGUCGCCUGGAGAGCUUGGACCUCAAAGUGAAGCAACAGGAAAUUGCAGAGGCUCACGCAAAUAGUGAACUCGUCACAGAACUCAAGGCUGCGCUCCAAUUAGAAAAAAGUUCAACGCACAGCAUGCAGAAUCGAGUGGAAAUAAUGAGACAAAAAUGCGAAGAGCUGGAGAGAACGAUUCUUGACAGAGACAGAACUGAAGAUGAGAACAUCGCGGAACGGAGCCGAGUGGAGAAGGAGCUUAACGCUCUACAUGCUCUUUCCAAGUCCCUUUCGGCGGAGAACAAAAUGCUGAGAGAGGAGAAAUUAAGCAAUGAGGAGAUUAUAGAUGAGCUUAAAGGAAAAGUGAGGGCCGUUUUG